ACAUCACUCCCUCCGUCCGCAACCACCUUACGGCGAUUCUUGAUGAACGCACUCACGCUCCAAAGAUCGCCAUGUCGUUCAUACCCUCGCGCGGACACUUCACCUCGGAGGACACCUCGACAAGUAUUAGUGGGAGCAUCAUCACGUCGAUGUUAAAAGUCCUACAGGAUCCUGCAUCGCUGCUUUCCUCCGUAUUUGUACUGGAUGAGCACACUAAACGGCAUCAGCUUGCUAGCGCUAAACUGAGAAAUGUUAGUCCCCCUGCCCGCAUUCAACAAUUCUACGAUACGGUUCAGUGACCGAUCAUGGAUAGGCAACGACGUACGCCGACUGGCAUAAGGCUGCGCAAGAACUCGACGUUCUGGAGGGCAAUGAAGCAUGGAAGUCCGACGUCGGGUCACCGGAUUAUGAUCACGCCCUCGUAGCCGCACGUCUGAAGCAGCUCGAUGAAGCACGGAUAUCAUGCGACGUUAACAGGAUGUUGUUCCUCAUCCGCACGACGCUCUCGCGGAAUCUGGGGGAUAUGGGGAAUAUCCGUGUAAAAGCCCCUCCUACCCCUCUUCCUCCUGCUUUCCCCCGCCUGAGGGUAUUAACCGGUGUGAUUCCUUGCCAAAUAAAAAAUAGUUGUACAAACACUCCCACACCGGCACAAAGCGGUUAAUAGAAGAAUACAUCAACUCCUGCGUGCUAACGCUAAACGCGCUGCUGACAGUCCCCCCGGCACUCGGCGCGCCCUCGAGCCGUGAGAUCUUGGACUCGCUGCUAAGGACCCGCCAGUCCUUCGGCCGCACAGCACUCCUCCUUUCCGGUGGCGCAACGUUUGGCAUGAACCAUGUAGGCGUGCUCAAAGCACUGCUGGAGCAAUCCCUCCUGCCUAGGAUCAUAUCCGGAGCUUCGGCGGGGUCGAUAGUAGCGGCGGUAUUGUGUACGCGCACGGAUGACGAGAUACCCACCAUAUUAGAAGAAUUCCCGUACGGGAAUCUGGACGUCUUCGAGGACGGGAAGAAGCCGGAGAGUGUACUUCAACGGGUGACGAGGUUCUUGAAGAUCGGCGCCUGGAUCGACAUCAAGUACCUCACACGAGUGAUGCGGGAGUUAUUGGGGGAUAUUACCUUUCAAGAAGCGUACAAUCGUACCAGAAGGAUAUUGAAUAUUUGCGUUAGCAGUGCCAGGUAUUUUUUUUUCUCACCCUCGCUCACUCGUCCUUGCAAAAUCGAAUUACCAACGCAGCGCAAAGUAUAUACGAGCUCCCCCGCCUGCUGAACUACGUCUCAGCCCCAAACGUCCUAAUUUGGUCCGCCGUGGCGGCGUCUUGCUCUGUGCCCUUCCUCUUCACCUCCACCUCGCUUUUAGCAAAGGACCCACAAACCGGCCUCCCAACACCCUGGGACCCAUCCCCGCAACGUUGGAUAGAUGGCAGCGUGGAUAACGACCUCCCCAUGUCACGGCUCUCGGAAAUGUUCAAUGUGAACCACUUCAUCGUGAGCCAAGUAAACCCGCACGUGGUGCCCUUCUUGACUAAAGACCCGCCUUCCUCCCCCUCCCCCUCUUUCAUCACUGCACCUACACCAGAGUCAACCUCAACCUGGGGGACAAAAAUCCUAGCGCUAGCGCACACCGAGACCCUCCACCGCCUAAACAUCCUCUCAGAGCUCGGCAUCUUCCCCACGUCAAUGACCAAGCUGCGUGCCGUGCUGAGCCAAAAAUACUCGGGCGACAUCAAUAUAUUCCCGGAGACGCCAUAUGCCGACCUGCCGCGCAUGCUGAAGAACCCGACGACGGAGUUUGUGCGCACGGCCAUGAAGCGCGGUGAGCGCGCGACGUGGCCGCGUCUGACGCGGGUGCGAAAUCACGUCCUUGUCGAGCUGGAGCUGGAUCGCGUGAUUCAUGUUUUGCGAGCAAGGGUGGUGUUCGAACCGGGCAGGGGUGAUGGGGUGGGAGCGGCGGUGGGAGUGGGAGCGGGCUGUGGUUCGGGGCGGACUGGGGGAAUAUGCGUGAUGAGGUCCCCGAGGGGAUUCGGCGCAGCUGGGGCGGCGGUGUGCACACCCUUUAGCGCUGGAGGCGUGAGCGCCAGGCUGGGGAGCGCAAACGGUAAUGGUGGUGGGGGGAAGACACCGAGACGAAGACACCAAACCACCGGCCCAGAAGACGUUCACCCGAGACCCACAAACCAACACCAAUCACUCCUCCCCCCCCAUCAGCCUUCCCAUCACCACCGCCACCACCACCACCGAAGGUCGAGGACGGCCACAGCCACAACCCCGACCACUGCCUCCUGUCCCAAUACAGUAGGGGACUACUUCACCCUCCAACCCGACCACUUCACACCUAGCACUUCAGACGAGGAGGAGGUAGGGGGAGUAGAACCCGUCGCGAAUUCCGCAAGAAAGAGAUUUUCUGGCUGGAAUGCACUGGUGAUUUCGGUGCCAACUGCUACUAGCAAUAAUGAUGGCGGGCGCGCCUUGAGCUCUAGACGUGGGAGGGAGUUGGUCCGCAUGACAAGGGUCGCCGGGGAGUUUGAUGGUGGUGGCGGUGGUGGUGGGGUUAAAGUUGGUAUCGGAAGAGCAAAGAGUGCGGAGGAGUUGAGGGGGCUUAGGGGGUGA